AUGAGAAGUGCAGACUGCAUAACCAACCUGAGAUUUCUGAGAGUCCCUGGAGGCAGAGCCAUCAACAAAAAGGACAAGAUCAGAGUUAGAGAUAAGAAGAGGAGUCAUGUUCCUGUGGAGGAACAGCUGUCCUGCUGGCUGUGUCAGGAGGUUCUGAAGGAUCCAGUCUCUAGCAGCUGUGGACACUGGUUCUGCAGACAGUGCAUCACCUCAUACUGGGACCAGUUUGGACCAUCAGGAGACUCUUCCUGUCCCCAGUGUGUGAAACAAUCCAGGACCAGAACUGGACUGCAGACGGGCCGUCAGACCAGCAACAUCCAAACAGAUGUUGCUCUGCAGGAGGCUUUAGAUGAACAUAAGCUCAGUCUGAGGAGCAGAUGUGAACGAGUGACUGAAGGAGGUGAAACAGGAAGUGGAGUCCUCCUCACCAGCAUCUACACUGAGCUCUACAUCACAGAGGGACAGAGUGAAGAGGUGAACACCCAACAUGAGGUGAGGCAACUGGAGACAGCUUCCAAGAAGAAGACCCUCCAUGAGGCUCCCAUCAAGGUCCACCACAUCUUUAAAGCCUCCUCUGACCCACACAGACCCAUCAGACUGGUUCUGACCAAUGGCGUCACUGGCGUUGGAAAAACCUUCUCGGUGCAGAAGUUCACUCUGGACUGGGCCGAGGGCCGGGAAAACCCAGACCUCAGUGUUCUGGUUCUGCUGUCAUUCAGGGAGCUGAACCUGAUCAGAGAUCAGCAGCACAGUCUUCUCACGCUGCUCUAUGUUUUCCAUCCAAUGCUCCAGAAGGUCCCAGCAGAGCAGCUCGCUGUCCUGAAGCUUCUGUUCAUCUUUGACGGCCUGGAUGAAAGCAGACUCUCACUGGACUUCAGCAGCAUGAAGAUUGUGUCUGACGUUACACACAAGUCAUCGGUCAACGUGCUGCUGACCAACCUCAUCCAGGGGAACCUGCUUCCCUCGGCUCUGGUCUGGAUCACUUCCCGACCCGCAGCGACCCAUCUGAUCCCUCCUAUGUGUGUGGACAGGGUCGCAGAAGUACGAGGCUUCACCGACGCCAAGAAGGACGAGUACUUCAGGAGGAGAUCCAGCCACGAGCAGCUGCCCAGCAGAAUCAUCUCACACGUCAAGACGUCCAGGAGCCUCCACAUCAUGUGUCAGAUCCCAGUGUUCUGCUGGAUGACUGCUACGGUUCUGAAGCACAUGUUGACUACAGAGCAGAGAGGAGAGCUGCCCAAGACCCUGACGGACCUGUACUCACACUUCCUGCUGGUCCUGACCAAGAGGAAGAGGAACAAGUACCAUGAGGGACAUGAGACCAGUCCACAGGAGCUGACGGAGGCUUACAGGGAAGUUCUCCUGAAGCUGGGGAGGCUGGCGUUCAAACAUCUGGAGGAAGGAACCAUCAUGUUCUACCAAGAAGACUUGGAGCAAUGUGGUCUAGACGUCACAGAGGCCUUGGUUCACUCAGGAGUCUGUACAGAGAUCUUCAGGAGAGAGAGUGUGAUCUUCCACAAAACAGUCUACUGCUUUGUUCAUCUGAGCGUUCAGGAGUUUCUUGCUGCUGUUUACAAGAUGCACUGUUACACCAAUGAGAAGAAGGAGGAGAUGAAGAACUUCCUAAAAGAAUCAAAACACAGAAGACCAAUCUUUACAAAGAUUAAACAGUUGUUUGUGAAACCAUGUAUGAAUCCCUCCAAAGUCCACCUGGACCUGUUUGUUCGCUUCCUUCAUGGCCUCUGUCUGGAGUCCAACCAGAGAAGCUUAGGAGGUUUGCUGGGUCACACAGAGACCAGUCCAGAAACCAUCCAGACAAUCAUCAACAACCUGAAGGAGAUGAUGAAUGAUGAAAUCUCUCCAGACAGAAGCAUCAACAUCUUACACUGUCUGAUGGAGAUGAAGGACCACUCAGUCCAUCAGCUGAUCCAAGAGUUCCUGAAGUCAAAGAACAGAUCAGGGAAGGAACUCUCUCUGGUCCAGUGCUCAGCUCUGGCUUACAUGCUGCAGAUGUCAGAGGAGGUUAUGGAUGAGUUGGACCUGAAGAAGUACAACACAUCAGAUGAGGGACGACGAAGACUGAUCCCAGCUGUGAGGAACUGCAGAAACGCCAGAUUGAGUUGGUGCAGUUUGUCAGAAAUCAGCUGUGAUUCUCUGAGUUCAGCUCUGAAGUCCAACCCGUCACAUCUGACAGAACUGGACCUGAAUAAGAACGAGCUGCAAGAUUCAGGAGUGAAGCAUCUGUGUGGUUUUCUGGAGAGUCGUCACUGUCGACUGGAGACUCUGAGAUUGAUACACUGCAGUUUGUCAGAGAUCAGCUGUGAUUCUCUGGCCUCAGCUCUAAAGUCCAAUCCGUCACAUCUGACAGAACUGGACCUGAGGAACAACAAGCUGCAGGAUUUCGGAGUGAAGCCUCUGUGUGGUUUUCUGGAGAGUCGUCACUGUCGACUGGAGACUCUGAGACUUUCUGGCUGUGGACUCACAAAGACUCACUGUGAAGUUGUGGCGUCAGCUCUGAAAUCCAACCUGUCUCAUCUGACAUAUCUGGACCUGAGUCACAACAACCUGCAGGACUCAGUGAAGGUUCUGUGUGCUGGACUGGAGAGUCCUCACUGUCGACUGGGGACUCUGAGAUUGAGUUACUGCAGUUUGUCAGAGAUCAGCUGUGAUUCUCUGGCCUCAGCUCUGAAGUCCAACCCAUCACAUCUGAAAGAACUGGACCUGAGCUGGAACACACUCCAGGAUUCAGGAGUGAAGCAUAUGUGUGGUUUUCUGGAGAGUCGUCACUGUCGACUGGAGACUCUGGGAUUGAGGAGCUGCAGUUUAUCAGAGAUCAGCUGUGAUUCUCUGGUCUCAGCUCUGAAGUCCAACCCGUCACAUCUGAAAUAUUUGGACCUGAGUGAGAACAAGCUACAGGAUUCAGGAGUGAAGCCUCUUCGUGACCUGGAGCAGAGUCCAGACUGUCGACUGUAUAUUCUAUGUUGGAGGUGGUGA